GUGGGGAUUUACUUGCUGGAAGCUGGGCUCGGGAAGCCUGAGUUUCUCAGCGAGGGAAAUGCUCGGCUGAAGAAAGCAAAUCAACUAAUGCAGAAGCUGAUGGAAUAUUAUUACGAUUUCAUUAUCCCGGAAGUUGUAGAGAAUGAGGAGGAGGAAUGUGACACCGACCUGGAGAGGCAAAAUGUCGAGGAGCUCUACGAUUACGUCAGGCACCUGCACCAGAGGGAGAGCCAGGAGGUGACCUACGACGUCCAGCACAAAGCUCUCAUUCCUGUUCUCAGACCCUAUCAGAGACAGGCUGUCAACUGGAUGCUGAGGAGAGAGAAAACCAGGAACACUUCACCUAAAGAACAAAUGCUGCAUUUCCUCUGGCGGGAGUUGAUCGCUUUGUGUGGCAAGAAGUUGUUCUACAAUCCUUUUACCGGCUGCUUAAUCCGAGAAUUUCCCCUGGCGGGUGUAGAGUGGCCUGGUGGGAUCUUGGCUGAUGAAAUGGGGCUGGGAAAAACGGUGGAAGUUCUGGCUCUUAUCCUAUUUCACACUCGACAGGACCUGGAGCAGGAGGCCCUUAGCCUGCCUGUGGGAAAAUCCGUAAAUUAUUUCGUACCUCCUCCUCCCCUUGAAAGAAAGAAAGUUAUCCGCUGCAAGUCUGAAGUUCAGCCUAAAAUUAAAAUAUCCUACCCAACUGUGCGUAUCAUGCUCCUCACUGCAAUCAAGGAGAUGAGAUCUGGUAAAGGAGCCUCCGUCAACGCCAUCUUCACCUACAUUCGUGCCACCUACGGUUAUGACCUCUUAAAAAACCGGAACCACAUCCGGAAGACUCUGGUGAAGCUGAUAGACGAAGGCCUGGUUGACCGGGUGAAAGGUCGAGGCUUGGCGGGGUCAUUUAAGCUGGGGAAGAACUACAAAGAAACAAAGAAGAUGUUAGCAGGAGCAUCCAAGUUUAAUUCCAAAAACACAGAGAGCACACCAAGGAGGAUGUUUCAGAGACGAGCAAAAGAGAAGGCAGAAGCAGCUCUGCAAAACUCUCUUACAGAAGAUCAAAUAGAUCUGUACUCACCUACAUCUGAGUGUCUAGCACCAGAGGAAACAGAAACCAAGGAAUGGGAUGAAAGUCUGAAUGCGAAAGCGGAUCAGUCAGACGACACGCAGGAUACAUCCCAAACAUUCUCACAGGUGUCUCAGGAUAAAAGUGAGUCAGACACACACGACAUGCCCAGAAUGGAUGAGCCUCCUAAAGAAAGGGGAGAAGCUGCUCAGCUUGAUUCACACGAGGAGACAGAAACCCCCACCAGAGCGUCUGUUUUCCCUUUCAACACCCCAGACUACCGCUUUGAGUGUAUCUGUGGUGAACUGGGCAUCAUUGACUAUAAGGCUCGCGUGCAGUGUAUGAACUGCCAGCUGUGGCAGCACGCAGACUGUGUAAACUAUAAAGAAGAAAGCCUCGAAACUACACCUUUCUACUGCCCUCACUGCCUGGUCGCCAUGAAACCUGUCUCCACCGGUGCCACCCUCAUCAUCUCGCCAAGCUCCAUCUGCCACCAGUGGGUGGAGGAGAUCAACCGGCACAUCAGGUCCUCCUCGCUGCGAGUGCUGGUUUAUCAGGGUGUGAAGAAGCACGGAUUCAUCCAGCCACAUAUGCUGGCUGAGCAGGAUGUGGUCAUCACCACCUACGAUGUGCUGCGGUCAGAGCUCAACUACGUCGACAUUCCCCACAGUAACAGCAAGGAUGGACGCCGCUUCCGCAACCAGAAGCGCUACAUGGCCAUACCCAGUCCUCUGGUGGCUGUGGAGUGGUGGCGAAUCUGUCUGGACGAGGCUCAGAUGGUUGAAUGUCCCACUGCGAAGGCUGCAGAGAUGGCUCUACGUCUCGCAUCCGUCAACCGUUGGUGUGUCAGUGGCACUCCUGUCCAGAGAGGCUUAGAAGAUUUGUACGGCCUUGUACUUUUCCUGGGAGUUGACCCAUACUGGGUUAAACACUGGUGGGAGCAACUGCUUUAUCGCCCUUAUCGACGUGGAAACACAGAGCCCCUGUACUAUGUAAUCGCUCAGUUAUUGUGGCGAUCAGCUAAAAAAGACGUCAUUGAUCAGAUCCAAAUUCCCCCUCAGACGGAGGAGGUGCACUGGCUUGACUUCUCCCCCGUCGAGGGACAUUUUUACCACCGUCAACACGAGGUCUGCUCCCAGGAUGCUCUGGUCAAAAUCAGGAAGAUCUCUGACUGGAGCCUGAAACUUGGCAGCCUCGACCGCCGCACAGUCCACACCAUCCUGUGCCCUCUGCUGAGGCUGCGUCAGGCCUGCUGCCAUCCACAGGCUGUGAGGGGGGAGUUCCUGCCUCUGCAGAAAAGCACCAUGACGAUGGAGGAGCUCCUGAAGUCCCUGCAGAAGAAAUGUCGAGUGGAGUGUGAAGAAGCUCACAGACAAUUGGUGUGCGCACUCAAUGGCCUGGCUGGAAUCCACAUCAUCAGAAAUGAGUUUGUAGAGGCAGUAGAGAUGUAUAGAGAAGUGCUUCGUUCAUCAGAGGAGCACAAAGGCAGACUGAAAACAGAUUCAUUACAGAGGCUUCAUGCUACCCACAAUUUAAUGGAACUGCUGAGCGCAAAGCAUCCUGGGAUACCUCCUACGCUGAGAGACGACCGACUAAGUGAAGAGGCGGAGCAGCUACGGCAACACUACAUGACCAAAUACGACUCUGAGGUAGCAGAUGCUCAUCAGGGUCUACAGCCGGUACUGCAGAACAUUAAAGAGCUGAAACGCAAAGUCAAGCUGAAUUCUCCCUGGUGGCUCGAUGUUAUCCAGAAGGCGAUCCGCUGCGCCAACGACGACGAUUUGGUGUCCCGCGUCAAGAAUGAGCUGACGUCCAGCUACAAACAACAAGCCCACAAGCUCUCCAUGGCAGACAAGUUCCGUGAUGCCUGUGGUCUGCAGUUCCUGCUCACAUCACAAAUGCAAGAUCUGAUGAAAUCCCAGAAGACUGUGCAAGAUGCGGUGAAGAGUCUUGAAGGCCCGGCCUCAAAGAAAGUGAUUGAUGAGGUCACCAUUUGUCACCUCAGGCCCAUGAGACUGCCACUAAAUAAUUGUGUUUUUUGCAAAGCAGAUGAACUUUUCACGGAUUACGAGUCCAAGCUUUUUUCUCACACGGUGAAGGGUCAGACAGCCAUCUUCGAAGAAAUGAUCGAAGAUGAAGAGGGGCUGGUGGACGACCGUCUCCCCACCACCAGCCGAGGCCUGUGGGCAGCCAGUGAGACUGAGCGCACUCUGAAAGCCAUCUUGUCCUUCGCCAAAGUGAAACGCAUGGACCCGGAGCUGGUGGAGGAGGGCAACACUUUCAUGGAGCUGUUUGAGAACUGGAAGAAAGAGUACAAGGUACUGCAUGAGUACUGGAUGGUGCUGAGGAAUCACGUGUCAGCCAUCGAUGAGCUGGGUAUGGCCACCGAGAGGCUACGUGUGCGUCUGCCUGAUGAACCAAAGCCCAAACUGCUGCACAUCAUCGAGCCACAUGAGGUGGAGCAGAACAGAGUGAAGCUUUUGAACGACCAAGCAGUGGCCAAGUCUCAACUUCAAAAGAAGCUCGGCCAGUAUCUGUAUCUCACAAAUCUAGAGAAGUCCCAGGACAAGUCUACUGGAGGGCUGAACCCAGAGCCGUGUCCAAUCUGUGCCCGACCACUGGGACAGGAGUGGGCAGUGCUGACCUGUGGCCACUGCUUCUGUAAUGAGUGUAUUGCUAUCAUCGUGGAGCAGUACAGCGUGGGCUCAAGGCGGCGAGCCAUCAAGUGUGCCAUUUGUAGGCAGACCACAUCCCACACUGAGAUCUCCUACGUGUUCACCACCCAGUCGUCCAGCCAGGACCAGGACAUACCAGUCAAGGGAAGCCACUCUACCAAAGUGGAGGCAGUAGUGAGAACACUAAAGAAGAUUCAAGUGACCGACCCCGGGGCCAAGUGUCUUGUCUUCUCCACGUGGCUGAGUGUCCUGGACAUUAUUGCCAAGGCCUUGUUUGACAACAACAUGGAGUUCUCUCAAAUCAAUGGGAUUCACAAAUUCCAGGAGAAUCUGAGCUCCUUUAAAUACGAAGAAAAGAUCAACAUCCUCCUCCUUCCUCUCCACACCGGCUCCAAUGGACUGAACAUCAUCGAAGCGACUCACGUGUUGCUGGUAGAGCCGAUCCUCAACCCUGCUCACGAGCUCCAGGCCAUAGGCAGAGUGCACCGGAUCGGCCAAACCAAAUGGUGCCAUCUUUGUGAUGGUGACAUCUUCAGGUCAGCUGCUGCUGGCCCUCUCUUUUCAUGCUGGCCAACAUUUGUUCACAGAUUCUUAAUCAAAUCUACUAUUGAAGAGAGAAUGCAGGCAAUGUUGAAGACAGCAGAGAAAAGUCACACCAGCACGGCCAUGAAGCACUCGGAGGCCGCCGUACUGACAGUAGCCGACCUGGCUGAUCUAUUUACUGAAGACACAGAACAUCUGGAGUGAAUGUGAACACCUGGAUACACAGAGUGCAGAAGCUACACAGGCAAAUGGAGCUCACUCUUUUCACAGUACUGAUUUUGCACAUUCAACUUUUUAUAUAAAGAAAACAUGUUAUCAAAUGCAUUUCCAAACAGAUAUUUUAGCAGGUCACUGACAACAUGUUUCUUAAUUGUAUUUAAUUUAAGAUUUUUAAUCUCUUUGAAUUUUUGUGUAUUUGGCUCACUUGUUGUCAUAGUUGUAACAAUAACUACUUCAGCUGUUCAAGUACAUGUUUGAUGAUCACAUUUAACUAGACUGUACAGUAUUGUUGCUUGUGUUAAUCUGAUAUUAAGUAUAUGCAUUUAUAUAUAUGAAUUUUACUGUAAGUUGACAGUUGAAAACGGAGGAAUACAGAUGCUGUAAUCACACUAGUGAUUGAAGUGUUCUCACAAUUUUCAGGAAAUAAAAGUCUGUCGAUGGCAGGGUUAUCACCAGC